UACUCAUGUGCAUAUGACAUGGGUGUCUUUUUAAAGUUUUAUGUUUGCUUGUUUUUCAAAUUAUCGAAUUAGGUAAACAAGCCUAAAACUAAACAUCCUUGCCCACGACCAAUGAGCAUCGCCUUUUUCUACUUCCGCUGACGUGAGAUGACUUUCAAAUCUUUGGCGGUUGACUGGCGUUUGAUAACUUUUCAACAUAUGUCAACUGCUUACACGAAUUAACAUGGAUUCAACUAUGGCGAACCUUCUUGUUGGGCUUUCAGUCAACAUCCAAAGAAGCGACGGGCGAGUGCAUCCUGCAAACGUCAAAACUGUUGAUUCCACAACAUCUAUUGUAAAGGUUGAAUGGUUUGAGAAAUCUGUAUGCAGGGGAAAGGAGCUCGAAAUGAAUGAAUUAUGGUCCCUGAAUGAAGAGCUUUUUGAGCACAUGAAAUCCGCUACUACACCUGCUCCUCCAGAGAAGAAAUAUGAAAGCCGUCUCCGUUCAUCCAGGAUCCCUGCUCCUUCCAAUCUUCCACUUCCUAGAAAGUCCAUACGGCAGACAUGCUUGUUCCGGGCCCCUGCUCCAGUCUCUGAACCUGCUAAGACUAAACAAGAUUUCCUGUCUUCAGAGUAUCCAACCUCUGUCCUCAAAGCUUCUGGUGUGCCCAACCGAGAGGGGAAGAGGAACGAUCAGAGACAGACUGUUGUCCUGCCACCAGUCAACGAGACCAAGAGUGUCUUAGUCACCUCAAACAAACGGAGAUCCGUGGUACCCACAGACAUGAGCAAACCAGUGAACAAAAGAUUGUCCCAUGCAGUCAAGAGUUCUGACAUGGUGCCCAAGAAGGGAAAGUUUGGAGACACAAACCGACCGAACAAGCAGUUUUACCAGAUGAUUGAAGACUUCAGAGAGACCUUGGAAGUAUUUCCUUUAUCUCCAUCGGAUACGGUUGAAGCUCAUAGAAUUUGUGUGUGUGUUCGCAAGCGUCCUCUCAACAAUAAAGAGGUGACCAAGAAAGAAAUUGAUGUGGUGACUAUCCCUGGUAAUGGAACGCUGCUUGUUCAUGAACCCAAGCAGAAAGUGGACCUGACCAAAUACCUGGACAACCAGGUCUUCCAUUUUGACUACUCCUUUGACGAGUCAUCCACCAAUGACUUAGUGUACAGGUUUACCGCCAAGCCUCUUGUCCAGACCAUCUUCGACGGAGGAAUGGCAACUUGUUUUGCUUACGGCCAAACUGGAAGUGGUAAAACUCACACAAUGGGAGGAGACUUUUCAGGGAAGAGCCAGAACAGUUCCAAAGGGAUCUAUGCCUUGGCAGCUCAGGAUGUGUUCACCCUUCUGAAGCAGAGGAGAUAUUCCAGUCAGGACCUGUGCCCCUAUGUGACCUUUUUUGAGAUCUACAAUGGCAAGGUGUUUGAUCUGCUGAACAAGAAGGCCAAGCUGCGAGUGCUAGAGGAUGAGAAACAACAGGUCCAGGUGGUCGGCCUGCAGGAGAUGUACGUGUCGUGUGCGGAAGACGUCAUCAAGAUGAUUGAGAUGGGCAGUGCAUGCAGGACGUCCGGCCAGACGUCCGCCAACGCCAACUCGUCUCGCUCCCACGCCAUCCUGCAGGUGAUCCUGCGGAGGAGAAACCAGCUGCACGGGAAGUUCUCCCUGGUGGACCUGGCGGGGAACGAGAGGGGCACAGACGUCAGCAGCAACGACAGACAGACCCUGGUAGAGACGGCCGAGAUCAACCGCAGCCUGCUGGCUCUGAAGGAAUGUAUUCGCUCCUUGGGGAUGGACAGCCACCACAUACCCUUCAGGAUGAGCAAGCUGACACAGGUGCUCCGAGACUCCUUCAUCGGAGAGAACUCCAGGACAUGCAUGAUUGCUAUGGUGUCUCCUGGAAUGGCCUCAUGCGAUUACACUCUCAACACACUACGCUAUGCAGACAGAGCAAAGGAACUGAAUGGGACAUCCAGGGUGAAUGAUGCUGAUCUUCCCAAGAAGAUUGAUGAGAUGGAAGUGGAGAACAGCUCCUCAGAGGAGGACUCCAUUGUGCCCAUGACCGACAUGUAUGAGGCCAUCUCCCAGGUGUCUGAGCUGGAGGAGUUAGUGCAUGAGGAGUUGACGAGGGCCAGUGAUUUUCUCAAGCCAAUGGAGAUGCCAUCAUAUGACAUUGAGGCUGGGGUGACAGAUAUUGUGGACUAUGCAAGAAAAUUACUGGACACAGUCCUGGCAUUGCAAUAUGCCAUCGAUGGCGAGCGACUGGCAAGGAUGACCCCCAAUUCAGGUUAUUGCUGAGAGGGACAGCCACUCGACUUGUUCACUUGGAAAUAUGGUGCUAUUAAAAGUACCAUUGAGUUGUGAAUGUUUUAUCAUGCAGUUACUAUUGUGCAAGGGUUCAAUUGGACAUAAAUUCAUUUCUGCUAACUUUAAUUAAUAGCAAAAGAAAUAAAACAUUACCUCUAACAUUUAAAGCCUCUCACUACAUACCAUAGAUGUCCAUGAAAGAAUGUUAACAAUUCAUGUUUUCAAUGUAUUUGUAUACAAAAUGGAAUUUUGUCCUGUUUUUAAAAUGAUUUGAUUAAAGUUUUUUUUAUGAAUUCUA